AAUUAAUUGUAUGUCGAUAUUGAUCGUUUCAAAAAUGGCUAAUUUCAAUAAUCCUGAAGAAAUAAUUCAUCAUUACAAAUUUAUACUUAAUAAAACAAAGAAAAAAUUAUUUAGAAAGUUAAAUACAUUGGAGCCUAGUGACCAAUUUGCUAAGCUAGCAAAUUCUUGUCAAAAAAAUGACAAACAUUCUUAUGCUGCAUUGUGUUGGCAAGCAGUAGCUAAAUGUGAGGAAUCAAUGGGUCAUAACUGUGAACAAGCUCUUGCUCAUCAAAAAGCAGCCUGCCAAUUUUUUUCUGAAUUUAAAAAGACUGAAUCUUCUGGUUUCAUAUCACCUUAUAAUGAACAUUUACAUGCAGGCUUAAGUGAAAUGUGUCAUGCUGAAGAUAGUUGGCAAGGGAGUUUGUUUGAAAAUAUUAUAAAAACUUCAAUACGUCUAGAAACAGCUGAAAGUCUUGUACAUUUAGGUAAAUUGGAUGAUGCAGCUUUUAUUGGAAAUAGUUUGAUUGAUGUUCCACAUGAAAGUCAAACUCUUAAAUUAGUUGUUCUAGAACAAGUAACUUCCAAUCAAAUUCUAUCUGAAGAUUAUGAAGGUGCUCUGUUAACUUUCACAGAAAUUGCAAAUAUUAUUUCCUGUACAGACAAUAACACUAUUGGUAUUUAUAAUGAUAUUUUGCUUAGAUGUGAAAUAUCACGAGUAUUUUUAUUACUUAUACUGAAACAUACUCGUCAAAAAAUGCCUAGUGAUUUAGCUUCAGUGUUGGAGAAAUACAUGUGGAUUAAUGGAAAUUUUGAUUCUCCUGUUUCUUAUAUAUCUGAUGUAAUAUUUCGAUUACUUCAUUCUUUGGUUAAAUCAUAUCAACUUGGAGAAACUACCUGCUUAGGUACAAUUGAAUCUAAUUUUACACCACAUUUAACACCAGAACAAAGACAUUUACUAGCUGUAUUAAUAAAUACAAUGACAUAGUUUAAAGUUUUUGUUGUACAUUAUUAUAAUUAAAAUGUAUGAUAC